AUGACUUGGUUGGGUGCGAGACUCUUCAAGCACACCGUGGUGGCCGCCACCAUCUUCGGUAGCACAGUUCUCGCGCCCUUUUUGCUGCUCCUGCGAAAACAAUGUGGAGAAACUUGCAUCGGUGGCGCUCUUGUGCUGCUUACGGCCGGCAGCGCUGCGCUGUUGGGCGCGGCCGCGUGCCGUGGCCUGGACCGAGGCUCCAUGUCGACCUGCAAGUGGCGCUUGGUGGUGGCCUCGGUCUGGGUUUUCAAUCCCGUGCCCCUCGCGGCUAUUGGCCUCGCGCUGCGCUGCUAUGAGAUGGCCUGGUGGAGUGCCAUGCCCUUGGCGGUGGUCCUGGCGUUGCUUUCCGGGCGCACACGGUUGACCAACAGCGACCCUGAUUGGGUUCAAGAGGCGCUGGAAUUGGUGGAAGGCGGAAGGAAUCCUGGAAGUGGGAAAGCGGAUGAUGACGAUGACGAUGACGGAGAAGAAGAAGAAGAAGAAGAAGAAGAAGAAGAUGAAGAAGAAGAAGAAGAUGAAUAUGAAUCAAGAUGUUGA